AUGAAGACAUAUAGAUAUCUAAAUAAAUGUGGUCUCUCUUUGUAUUUAAAAAAUAUCAAUAAUGAAGGAUAUUCCAUUUUAUUUUUAAAAAAAAAACGUCAUUUCAACAAUUUCAUACCACAUUACAAAAAUUCCAAUAACAAACUUUUUGAAUGCAUAGAAAUAAAUGAUUACAAUUAUAAUAGCAUAAUAAAAAAAGAGAAAAGUAUUUUACUAUAUGCAUAUGCUGAUUAUUCAUAUGUGUCUUUAAAUUUAUUUAAUAAAUUAAUGGAUGUUUUUCAAGAGCAAGCUGAUAUUAUAGAGCAAAUAAAUAUUAAUAAAAAUACGAAAUUGCCUUUUUUUAAAUUAAAUAUAAAUAAUAACAACAUAUUGGUACAGAAUUUUCAUAUAAAAUCAAUUCCAUUAAUACAAUUACGACAUAAAAAUAAAUUAGUUUGUGAAAUAUCAGGAAAUGAACUAAAUAAUAAAAAUGAAUUAAAAGAAAUAUUACGAAGAUAUCAUAGUUAUUUUACUCCUUUAAAUUAUGUUUGCAAUAUAAAUGACUUUCUCCUUAGAGAAGAUGAACUUUUAAAAGAGGGUGGUAAUUCAGAAUACUUACAAAAUUACAAAUCACAAUCAAUCCCCAAUGAUAUAAAUAAAGAAACCAUUCCUUUUAAAAUUGAAAAUGUUUCCAAUGAUAAAAAUGAUUCUAAUCAUAGUACAAUUUUAAAUGGCAAUAAUAAAAUGACUUACGAUGGACUCCAAAUAUCCCAAGAUGGCAUACUAAACGAUGUACACAUAAAAUAUGAAUGUUCUAGUUAUGUUACAUUUAAAAAAUUAGAGAUAUUAAUAAAUCAAAAGAUAAAAAAUCUCGAUAAUAUUAAAUUAUUAUUAAAUGAAAUAUUCAAUAAUCACAUGUCAUACAUAAGCAUAAACGAGCAUUAUAAUAAAAUAGCAACAAGAGGGUUUCUCUGCUUAUUUGAGAAUAGUAACAUUAAUGAUACACCUCAAAACGGUAUUGAAAAUUCGUUACCAAUUGAAAAAUUUAUUGAACUAAAAAAUCAUUUAGAAAAUAAUAAUGACAUGGAUAGUAUAAUAAAUGAUUUAAAGUUAAUUAAUUUUAAUGAGCCAAUUAUGUCUUUAGACAAUUUUAAAAAUAUACAUUUAAAAAAAAUUAAAAACAUUGAGGAAUUUUUAUCAGGAGAUAUCGAUAAAAAUAAAGAAACAAAUAAUAUAAAAAUAAUUUAUUUAAGUAGGAUAUAUAGAAUAUUAGCUAUAAAUUAUUUAGAUAUAAAACAAUAUGAUAAUUCUCUGGACUGCGCUUUAGAAUCAUAUAAAUUAACUUUUCCUCUAAAAAAUAUAGAUACAAAAAAAUCAAAAAUACUUAUUGAAAAUUUGAUUUUAUAUUUAGGCGCAUAUAAUUCCAGUGUUAUCACAUUUUUAAGUAAAUUACAAUUUUUAUUUACUAAUAAAAUAUUUAAAAUCGUUAAAUUUCCACAUACGAGGGCAAUUAAAGGUGGAAGACCAAUGAUGAAAAGAGGAAAAUCCGGAAAAUGGCUUUGGUUAAGUCAAGAUUGGAAACCAAGAUGGAUCAAAAAAAAAACAAAACAAAUUUUAGAAGAAGAAUGGAAGUGUGUUCCCGAUAAAAAUGUACCAUUUUGGAACUAA